UAUAUAUGUCUGAGUAUGUGUUUUAGUGAUCUGGGAAGUGUCUUGACAGAGAACCUGAUCUGGACAAAGCAGCCUUGACCGGAGUGAGCUCACUGGCACCAUGAAAAUAUCAGGUGUCUUUCUGCUCCUCUCUCUGGCUCUUUUCUGCUUUUUCUCAGGUGUCUUCAGUCAAGGAGGACAGGACAAAAGAGGCUGGAUCACAAGCUCGGAGGGCCGGAUGCUCAGGAAAGGUGGCUUACGGAGGCGUCUCGCUCACAUCGACUGUGGUGAGUUCCGGGAUCCUAAGGUCUUCUGCACUCGGGAAUCUGAUCCCCACUGUGGCUCCGAUGGCCAGACAUAUGGCAAUAAAUGUUCCUUCUGUAAGGCAGUGGUGAAAAGUGGUGGGAAGAUCAACCUAAAGCACCGGGGAAAAUGCUGAAUUAGAGCCAGUGUUCCACGCUGACUUGUCAGCUCUCUCUUGCUCUUUUCUCACUUCUGCUUUUACUUUUCUCUAGCGGAUCCCUUAAAUUUGUGAAGACUCACCUUCUACUCUGUCUGGGUCUUGGGGAGUUCAAUAUAUAUAUUUCCCUUGAUUUACUUGUCAAUAAAGUAAAUUCUGCAGAAGUAUGGCUUGUGUUU